AUGACAGUGGGUGAGUAUGCUGCCAAGUUGGAGGCUCUCUCCAAGCACUUCCGUUUCUUCCAAGUGCGGGUGGAUGAGGCAUACCUCUGCAACAGGUUUCUGAGGGGUUUGAGGAAUGAAAUCGAGAAGUCUGUCAGGCCGCUGGGGAUCAGGGUUUGUCAACAGGUGGUUGAGAAGGCCCGUGAGGUAGAGGCGAUGGAGAACAGACAAAGGGGUCAGACCGGCAAUGGAGGACCAGUUCGCUCAGGACAGAGCCAAUCAGGAAGGUAUAGUGGACAGAAAGCUGCUGGAAGAUUUGACAAGGGCAAGGCGCCGAUGAGGAAGCCUUAUCAGCGUCCUACUGACAGGGUGCCUUUCGCUGGAAAGGGUGCAUCACCUGCUCCUAAGGAUGAUGUCGCUGCUGUAACUGAUGAUCUUAUCCAGGUUACGUGUGUUAUCGCUGGAAAUUCUUUAAUGGUGUUGUUUGAUUCUGGUGCGACGCACUCAUUCAUUGCUGAAGAGUGUGUGGAGAAGUUAGGAUUACUAACUGCUGAUUUACCGUUCGAUUUGGUGGUGACAACCCCUGCCGCUGAUCGAUUAGUUACGCGCACGACAUGCUUGCGGUGUCCGUUGAUCUACGAGGAUCGGAAGUUCUUUGCGAACCUCAUCUGUUUAGGGCUCAAGGAGCUCAAUGUGAUUUUGGGAAUGGAUUGA